CACAGCUGAUCACGUGAUGUGGUAAACGGCCAAUCACAGCGGCCUUUUACCAUGUGAUCAGCCGUGUCCAAUGACACACUGAUCACCGGGAAAUGCAAUUGCCGGUUCUCGGCUGCACUUUCCUCACACUGGCACUGCUGAUCAGUGCCCUGAUGAUCGGUGCCCAGCAGUGCCACCCACAAGUUCCACCUACCUGUGCCCAGCAGUGCGCCAACUAGCUCCACCCACCUGCGCCCAGCAGUGCACCCACCUGUGCCCAGUAGUGCCACCUACCUGUGCCCA